AUGUCUUCGACAGACACUCCCGCCCCGUCGUCGUCGACGUCGGCAACUACGACGCCUACGGCCUCCACCCCCUCGCCAUCGAACUCGAGCUCGACCGCCCCUGCAUCGCAGUCUGGCUCUCGUCGUCCAGCGCGAAAGAGCACCUUGACGCAGCAGCAGAAGAACCAGAAACGUCAGCGGGCGACCCAGGAUCAAUUGGUCACGCUCGAGCUCGAGUUCAACAAGAACCCCACUCCGACAGCUGCCGUCCGUGAAAGGAUAGCGCAGGAGAUCAACAUGACGGAACGAUCGGUGCAGAUCUGGUUCCAGAACAGACGAGCCAAGAUCAAGAUGAUCGCGAAAAAGAGCAUCGAGACUGGCGAAGACUGCGAUUCGAUCCCGGAAUCAAUGCGUCAAUACCUGGCUAUGCAAUUUGACCCAAAUAAACCUGGAACCAGAGACCUUUUUGGUCGCACGAGCGGCCUGGGAGGAUACGGCACUGCUGGAGCGUAUAACGGUGAAUCUGCGCACUCCGGCAAAAUCGUCAUUCAUCACUUUACCUGCCGCUCUCUGAGCAUUGGCAGCUGGCGCCGCGUUGGACAAAACGCGAUGGAUCUGGUUAUUUUCUACUCCCCAGAGAAGGCCAGUAUGACCUACUAUAUCAACAACGAUUCUGCAGGGUACAAAAUCGAAUACCCCUUUUCCCAUAUCAAAAACAUCACUCUUGAAUCUGGCGACCAAACGCCUAAUGCCAACGGUACCCCACCACGGCCUGGUGGUCUCAUUGUCGAGUUGAAUCGGCCGCCGUUGUUCUACAUGGAUUCGUCGAACUCAGGCGGAUUUUACCAGUGUGGAGAUUUCACGGAAGAUCAGCAGGCCAGCCAGAUCUUAGUCCAUCACCUCGGAGGUCAUCCUAAAGUCCUGAGCGUUCAGCUUGCGAAGCUUGUGUCUCUUGAAUCAUUUCAGAACCGUCUGGCUUUCAACCAUUAUCCGAUGUCUGCUCCCAUGUCGUCUCCUGUCAUCCACCGUCCGGCCUCACAGCCAAACCAUGUGGCCCAGAACUUCAUGGGAAUGUACCCUGAGAACCACUUCCCGAUGCAUUUGCAGGCUGGUCGCGGACACAAGCGCCAACGCAGUCGGUCUGUGCCGGUUGCCAUUGACUUUUCUGCUAUGCAGAACCCGAUGCCAUCGUUCCACAUGCAGCAGCCAACGACUCAGUUCACGCCUGACCCUAGCAUUUUCGCUCCUAUUCCUCAGUCCGCUCAACCGUUGGCACCAAAUUUGCGUAUUGACACGUCAGGUGCUUAUGGGAUGGACUUCCGCUCGUACCCCAUGUCAGCUACCACGACAGCCUCCACUUCGGACUUUGCCAGUCCUUCGUUCUUCGCACCAGGGCGUACAUCUGAGCCGAUGUCUCUUGUUACUAACAUGGGCGCUCAGUAUAACCUUGGCUUCAUGUCUCCGUCUCCGAUGGUGGACCACUCUAAGAUGAUGAUGCAAACAGCGUCCCCAGUCUCGACCGUUGGCCCAGCCGACCCUCUGAUCGCAGAUCAGUCACCACCCCUCUCGACCAUCCACCAUGGCCCGACUCCAGACAUGUUGGCCCUGGGUAGCGAACACCCGUCUACCUUCUCGGAUGAUGGCACAAUGCUGAGCGAGAUGUACUCGAAGCAGAAUCUCAACCUAGGCCUGUCGUCUCCGGGUGGGCUGGAUGGCUCCGGGUUCGACUUCGCGAUGCAAGGAUUGCAAAGUCAACAUCCGAAUAGCAAUCAGGCCGAUUUUAAUGGCCUCAUUUCUUUCGAUACUGUUGACCCCCGGUAG